AUGCAAUUUUUCCCUUCCGCGAAGCCGAGAAAUACUCUUCGUGUUUCGGUGGAUCGGGGCGGUUGCCAGGAAACCGAAAAAAUAUGCGUGGAAAAAGACGAAAUCGAAGCCGAAAAAAACACUGUUUUCGUAGGUGGAGAUAGUAGUAUGGGAACUUGUAUUAACCAAAUUAUUAAAGAGGAACUCGAAAAGGG